UCGAAGCAGGCGUGGAUGGUCAUUAAUCAUUCUGUUCAAAUCAAUGUCUCUCAACCAAUGCACGAUCGCCAUAUUCUUGUGCCUGUUCACUAGUGAUUUAUGGCCUUUUGGUUUAUCUAUAAACGGCACGGCACCCGGGAGAGAGGAUGUGCGUUUCGAGAGUUCAAGGCUUUUACAACAAACGGCUCUCAAGAAAUUGGGGAUACAAAAAAACGAGAUGAAUUCCAAUGCGCUUCAAUUUUUUAUGUCUUUAACGCUAAUGUGCUGUGCCACUGCUGAACUUCCAUGCAAUACAUCGGUUGGUAUUGAAAAUGGUGAUUUACCACGACAUUCGUAUAUUGCAUCAUCUUUCAAACCAGGACAUUUUGCUUAUCUUGGUCGGCUAAACAAUAAAAUACGAAAAAUCAAUGAAACAAAAAGAGUCUGGGGAGCUUGGUGCGCAGAUGACUCAAAUAAAAACCAAUUUAUACAGGUGGAUUUAUUGAAAGUGCGAAACGUAACUGGAAUAGCGACGCAGGGUUACCUAUAUGGAUCAGUCACAUCGUAUAAAAUCAUGUAUAGUGUGAAUGCCAAACAAUGGGUUGAUUACGUAGACAACACCACGAUGAAGUCUAAGAUCUUCACUGCCAACGUUGACGAAACGAAAGACAGUAUUGUUCGACACAAAUUAAACCAUCUUCUCGAAGCAAAAUAUAUUCGUUUCAACCCAAUAACCUGGGAUAAGAUGAUAUGUAUGAGGAUUGACGUGUAUGCUUGUGAAAUACCAACGGUAAAACCAACAACACAGUCAGCAACAACAGAGCCUGCAAGGGGAGGACCAACAAAAGUCAUACCUCAUACGAAAAACUGGAACUCUCAACAAUGUAGAUAAAGAAUCAACGACAAUCGCUCCAACUAAAGAGAUUGAAGGAAUAGUAACAUUCAAGACAUCCGAAGAAAUACCUGAAAAUAGAAGUUCUGGCAGAAAUUUAUUCACAACAGCAUUCUUGCAAAUAAUUUGCGUCGUACUUGUUUUCAGAAUUAUUUCAAACUAGUGUAAAUUUUCAAUGAUUGGAAUUUAUGAAGAUUCAUAGUCCUUAAACCAAUUUAUUAUAUGAAAGACUGGACUUGUACAUAAAUGUUUACUUUAUAAAAAAUACAAAAUAAAUUACAUGAAAAUAA